CGGCGGGCGCGGGCGGGGCGGUGGCGCGGCGCCGCGGCCGGCCAGGGCGCGGCGGGGGCGCGCGAGCUCGGCGAUGGUGCCGACUUCGAGGAUGACCUGUUCCCCACAGGGUGCACAUCAUCCUGGCCGACGCGCCAGCUUGCAGCCCAGUGGGAGCUUUAUUGUCUUCGCGGCGGUCAGAAGGCGUGGGCCAUGACGGGUGACUGCAACGUCUUCUGGAAUUGGACGGACAGCUCGAAUUGGGAGGAUCGGACGGGGCCAGAGACGGCGCGGUGCGCCUCUGCAGCGAGCAGGCCUCCAAGUUCAAGCGACCUGACUGCCACUUGUUCGACGCCAACGGGGAGAAGUGCCACCCGCUCGACGCCGUGUGGAACCAUUCGCGGGGACGGUACGACUGGGACUUCCUGGAGGGCAAGGACGGCGAGAAGCACGCUGCCCCCGAGCCGCCGGCCCCGUUCACCCCCGUGGAGGUGAUGCCCUGGAAGGAGGCGAAGAAGUUGGCGAGCGACCUUGUAUUAUUCAAACUGUCUGACGAGGACUCGAGAAGGUAUCUCUGCUUCAUGGAACCGACGGCAGCGGCGGACGCCACCACUAUCCAAUGCGGAUGUGGGCGAGACGGGGGGCAUCGCUGCUCACGGGAUCCCGGUGCUGCGCAUGCAGGAUGCUGGGCGGCGCAUGCCCCGGCGAGGAGGGCACCACCACCCAGUGGCCCAGCAUGCUCGCGCUGGCGGCCACGUGGGACGAGGAGCUGGUCGAGAGCGUCGGCCAGGCGGUCGGGCGCGAGUUCCGCGGCAAGGGCGCCAACGCGCUCCUGGGGCCCGACCUGAACGUGGUGCGCAGCCCGCGGGGGGGCCGGAAUUUCGACUUCCUGCCCGGCGAGGAGAGACCCCCACUUGGGCGCGCGCCUGGCUCCGCGCUACAUCCGCGGCGUGCAGAGCCAGGGGGUGAUGGCCGUGGCCAAGGGCUUCGCCUUCGCGGGGCAGGAGCGCGGGAAAAGCAGCAUGGACGCAGCGGUGGACUCGCAGACUGCUUGGGAGGACGUCCACUACCCCCCGUUUGUUGCGGCCGUCGACGCCGGCGUGUCCGCGAUCAUGUGCGCGGGGAACAAGGUGGAUGGCGACUACGCGUGCGAGAAUGCAAACCUCCUGAAGCGCGACCUCAAAGAGGCCAUGGGCUUCGAGGGCUUCGUGAUGUCCAGCUGGCUUGGCACCCGCAGCGCCGAGGCUAUCGAUGCAGGGCUGGAUAUGGAGAUGCCCACGGCGCGGUGGUUCACCGAAGAGCACCUUCUAGGGGGUGAUGACGGUGACCAUAGCAUGAGCGUGAAUGAGGACCUUUUUGCUGCCGUCCGAGUGGUGGCCUCGAUCUACCACGCCCGCCUGCACGAGCAGCGGCAGUGCGAGGCACCCUGCGGCGCGGAGCGGCGGUCCAACCAGCGCGGCAGCCAAGGCUUCGCUCACAUGGAUGUCGCGUUGGAUGCCGCCCGGAAGUCCAUAGUCCUGCUCAAGAACGACGGAGGGGAGAUCGGGCAUUCUGCCGCUCCGCUCCGCGGAGAUCGGCACCAUAGCCGUGCUCGGGUGGGCGGCGGGCGCUCACGACGUGAAGAACUUCGCCCUGGGCAGCCCUUACGGAGGGAGGGGCGGCGGCGGGUCCAGCCACGUCGUGUCCCCCGAGCUGCUCACGCCGCUGAUGUCGGCGAAGGUCCACGGGCUGAUCAACGGGACGAAGGUGUUGCACUACGGCGGGUUUGACAUGUCCGAGGCCAAAAGUAUUGCGUCGCAGGCCGACGUGGUGAUCGUCUUCGCCGCCGCUCUGUCGAGGAUGGGAGGGAGCCGACCGUCCUCAUCUCAAUUUGGGCUGGGGCGCCGAUCACCUGAUCGAGUCCGUGGCGCCGCUGAAGCCCACGGUGGUGCUGAUGCAAGCUCCUGGACCGGCGCCGUGUUGACACCGUGGCGGGACCGGGUCUCCGCCGUUGCCACCAUGUUCUUGGGGGGCGAGAAGACCGCCGACGCUUGGACGGACGUGAUCUUCGGAGGGGGGAAGUGGCGCCCACUGGUAAGCUACCCAUCACAUUUCCCGCCAGCGAGACCGACGUGUUGGACUCAGAGGCUGCAUUUCCAUUCGGCCACGGCUUGACCUACACGACGUUCGAACACCGACGACCUCAGCUACUGAAUCCUAGCGAUUGUGAGGUGCUGCGGCUCCUGGUGCCCGUGCACAACACCGGGGCAUUCGACGGCGAGAGCGUGGUGCAGGCUUAUGUCAACUUCACGGGUUCGGAGAGGUCACUACCGCUGAUGCUCAAAGGCUUCAUCCGUACUGGCAAUAUCUCCAAGUCCAAGGUCCACGAAGUCUUGAUUAGUUUCACGGAGCGUGACGUCUCAUUGUUCAAAGCCGACGUCGGGUUCGUGCAGGAAGUCGACAUUCGAGGUGCACCUGGGCGCUUCCAGCGCCGACAUAGCGCACGUCGUCCUCGUGGACGGCGGCUCCGCGUCGCUCGUGGCCGAGGGCGGGAAGGCAAUCGACCCCGUCGAUUUGGAGAUGUCGAACAGUAAUAUGUACAACACUUCAGGGUCGCAUCAUUGCAAUGGGACGGACCACCAUAAGGCCGCAGCGCCAUGGGAACAAUUGGCUGGGACGAUCGGAGAUCUAAUCCACAAAGUAGUUCCAAGGUGAAUCCGCUUUAGUUGUUUAUGCAUUUGGCGCAAAGGCGAAUAUCGCACAAAAGAGCUGCUUGUGGUUACCAAAUCUCGCUGACCAAGUAUGACUGGCACGUUUCCGUAGGGGGCCUGUCUUUUCCGCGAGUAAGUUUUCACCAGCAGCAUUGUGCAUUUUAAAUACGUACUUGCUUGAAUUUGCAAACAAGGUUGCACUUGAUAGUCGUGGCGCGAGAUGUAGGAUGUAGCACGAUGGCUCUAUUGUCAUGUAGCGAGCCGUCGUGUGACAGACAAUGCACGGCCGUUCUUGCGCUUGGCAUCAUGUGGAUUCGUGUUUCUUUGGCUCUCUUUCUCUCUCUCUCUCUCUCUCUCUCGUUCCUUCCCUCUCCGCCCCCCUCUAGUCUCGUAGUAGCUCGAACAGUUGCAGAUCGAGGCAUCACCUGUUCGCGUCAAUUCGCUGUCGCCCCGGAGCCGCGAACGUGGCCAGGGAAUGUCGUAGAGCGUGAGACUGGGGAGCAGCUGGCGGGGGACAGCGAAGAGCCACGCCGGCAGCUCGCAAGGAUGGCGCUGUGGGAGCAAUGGUUACCACCCUCGGAGCCUGUGGACUUGCUCCGGCUGGCACGCAGGGAACCCGCCUUGACAGCUGCGCGGCUGGACACGCGGGCAGUGGGCACAAAAAG